GGGUCAGUGCUUCGGCUUCCACACACAAGCUCCUCCCAAAUCAAAAACUUCCUCCCGCGCUCUCUCGCGAUAUUAGGCGACGAGCCACGGAUCCAACAUGGCAGAAGAGGAGGUGCAGAAAUUGCAGAAGCACCUUGCUCUGCUGAGGCAGGAGUAUGUGAAGAUGCAACAGAAGCUGGUGGAGACGGAGAGGCGGUGCUCUGUGUUGGCUGCACAGGCCUCUCUCCCUGGCUCUGUCUCCCAGGCCAGUGACUCCUUCAUCAGCCGCCUGCUGGCCAUCGUGGCUGACCUCUUUCAGCAAGAGCAGUACAGCGAUCUGAAGGUGAAGAUUGGAGAACAGAGGCUCAGUGCUCAUAAAUUCGUGCUGGCUGCUCGGAGUGAAAUCUGGAGUUUAGCCAACAUGGCCUCCACCACAGAACUGGACCUCUCAGAUGCCAAACCAGAGGUUGCCAUGGCAAUGCUGCGCUGGGCGUACACGGAUGAUCUGGAGUUGAGUGGGAAUGAUGGCUUCCUCAUCGACCUGAUGAAGUUAGCCAACCGCUUCCAGCUUCAUCUUCUGCGGGAAAGAUGUGAGAAAGGAGUGAUGUCAUCAGUGAACGUGAGGAACUGUAUCAGGUUCUACCAGACAGCUGAAGAGCUGGAUGCCACAACAUUGAUGAACUAUUGUGGAGAGAUCAUUGCUAGUCACUGGGAUGAUCUGCGGAAAGAGGACUUCAGUACCAUGGAUGCUCAGCUGCUCUAUAAGAUGAUAAAAUCCAAGACCGAGUACCCCCUUCACAAAGCAAUUAAAGUAGAACGAGAAGAUGUUGUCUUCCUUUAUCUAAUAGAAAUGGACGCCCAGUUACCAGGAAAGCUGAAUGAGCUGGACAAUAAUGGAGAUUUGGCGCUGGAUCUGGCUCUGUCCAAGAAGCUGGAGAGCAUUGCCACCACACUGGUCAACAAUAAAGCAGAUGUUGACAUGGUGGACCAGAGCGGCUGGAGUCUUCUACACAAGGCCAUCCAGAGAGGAGAUGAAUUUGCGUCCACUUUUCUGAUCCGUCACUCUGCGCAGGUGAAUGCUGCCACAGUGGGUGCAGUGGAGACGCCUCUGCACCUGGUCUGCUCUUUCAACCCUAAGAAACACAGUGGUGAAGUUAUGGCUGGCAUGGCCCACAUCGCAGAGGCACUGCUCAAAGCUGGUGCCAACCCAAACAUGCAAAACAGCAAAGGACGGACGCCAUUACAUGAGGCUGUGGUGUCAGGAAAUGAACCAGUCUUUAACCAGCUUCUACAAUGCAAACAAUUGGACCUGGAGCUGAAAGAUCAUGAAGGCAGCACUGCACUGUGGCUGGCCCUGCAGUACAUCACUGUGGCCUCUGACCCCUCCGUGAACCCUUUUGAGGAUGAAGCUCCUGUUGUGAAUGGCACCUCAUUUGACGAGAACAGCUUCGCAGCAAGGCUUAUACAGAGAGGGAGCAAUCCUGACGCACCAGACUCCAAUGGUAACUGCCUCAUGCAGAGAGCAGCUAUCGCAGGAAGUGAAGCAGCCGCUAUAUUCCUGGCCACACAUGGAGCUAAAGUCAAUCACACCAACAAAUGGGGUGAGACCCCCCUCCAUACGGCGUGCCGCUGUGGCCUGGCAGGGCUGACAGUGGAGUUGCUCCAACAGGGGGCGAAUCCUAACCUGCAGACCGAAAGCGCCCUGCCUGACGGAGUUGAGAAAAGUCAGGGAGUCUACCUGCAGAGCCCGCUCCACCUGGCCAUCGUUCACAACCACCCAGAUGUGGUGUCUGUCAUACUAGAGCAGAAAGCCAAUGCACUACAUGCCACCAACAACCUGCAGAUCAUCCCUGACUUCAGUUUGAAAGACUCCAUGGAUCAAACCGUUCUGGGUCUCGCACUCUGGACUGGUAUGCACACUAUUGCCGCACAGCUGCUGGGUUCUGGAGCAGCCAUUAAUGACACCAUGUCUGAUGGACAGACGCUACUGCACAUGGCUAUAAAGAGACAGGACAGCAAGAGCGCCCUCUUCCUGUUAGAGCACCAGGCCGACAUCAACGUCAGGACCCAGGAGGGGCAAACGGCAUUGCAGUUGGCUAUCAGUAACCAGCUCCCUUUAGUAGUGGACGCCAUCUGCACAAGAGGAGCUGACAUGUCAGUGGUCAAUGAGAAGGGUGAUCCUCCACUCUGGCUGGCUUUGGAAAAUGGUUUGGAGGACAUUGCAUCCACAUUGGUCAGGCACGGGUGUGAUGCAACUUGUUGGAGUUCAGGGCCUGGAGGAUGUCAGCAAACUCUUCUCCAUAGAGCCAUCGAUGAGAACAACGAGGUCACUGCUUGCUUCCUAAUACGCAGUGGCUGUGAUGUGAACAGCCCGAGGAGGCCUGGUCCUAAUGGUGAGGGAGAUGAGGAGGCGAGGGAUGGACAGUGCCCACUGCAUUUGGCUGCAUCCUGGGGUCUGGAGGAGGUGGCGCAGUGCCUUUUGGAGUUUGGAGCCAAUGUGAACGCACAGGAUUCAGAAGGUCGUGCUCCCAUCCACGUCGCCAUCAGCAACCAGCAAAGCAUCAUCAUCCAGCUGCUCAUCUCCCACCCUGAAAUCCGGUUGAAUAUUCGAGACAGACAAGGCAUGACGCCGUUUGCCUGUGCCAUGACUCACAAGAAUAACAAGGCUGCCGAAGCCAUCCUCAAGAGAGAGCCUGGCGCUGCCGAACAGGUGGACAACAAAGGUCGCAACUUUCUGCAUGUUGCUGUGCAGAACUCGGACAUAGAGAGUGUGCUCUUCCUCAUUAGCGUACAGGCCAACGUGAACUCCAGAGUGCAGGACAGUGCCAAACUCUCUCCUCUACACCUGGCCGUGCAGGCAGGAUCCGAGAUCAUUGUCAGAAACCUGCUGCUGGCCGGUGCAAAAGUAAAUGAGCUGACCAAGCAUCGCCAGACAGCGCUGCAUCUCGCUGCACAACAGGACCUUUCCACAAUCUGCACUGUUUUGAUUGAGAAUGGCGUUGACUUUGCUGCUGUAGAUGAAAAUGGAAACAAUGCACUUCAUCUAGCUGUGAUGCAGGGGCGUCUGAAUAAUGUGCGUGCUUUACUCACCGAGUCCAACGUAGAUGCCGAGGCCUAUAAUCUCAGAGGUCAAUCUCCCAUGCAUGUCCUCGGCCAGUAUGGGAAGGAGAACGCGGCAGCCAUCUUUGAGCUGUUUUUAGAAUGCAUGCCUGAGUAUCCCCUGGAUAAACCUGACAAUGAGGGCAACACAGUGCUUCUGUUGGCCUAUAUGAAAGGAAACGCUAACCUGUGUCGUGCCAUCGUUAGGGCUGGAGCUCGACUCGGCGUCAAUAACAACCAGGGCAUCAACAUCUUCAACUAUCAAGUUGCCACUAAGCAGCUUCUGUUCCGUCUGCUAGAUAUGCUUUCCAAAGAGCCCCCGUGGUGUGAUGGAUCAAACUGCUCUGAAUGUUUGACCAAAUUUGGAGUCACCACCAGGAAACAUCACUGCCGCCAUUGUGGCCGUCUGCUCUGCCAUAAGUGCUCUACAAAAGAGAUCCCCAUCAUCAAAUUUGACCUGAACAAACCUGUGCGUGUAUGCGACAUCUGCUUUGAUGUGCUGACAUUGGGCGGCGUGUCCUAACACACUAGAAGAACCUGAAGAACAGGCACCAGCCGAGCUGAGUAUGAACCCAUGGGCUGGGCCUAGCACUAAAAGGAUGGAGAAAUGGAGUAAAACACAUUGAGAGGAAGAGCCCUUGAACAAAACCAUUCCAUUCUUGUCAAAGGAAAAAAUACAACCAUAACAAUGUGUGUUUGUUCUAGCAGUACUUUUUAGAACCAAAAUAUUAUGUGUCGAGGAUGCAGAUUAAAACUAGUGGAAUGCAGAUGCAAAUGAAAAAUGCAGUUCCGAGUUGGCAAAAACCAAUAUGAGAAGGGCAACUAUCAUUUACUACUAAAAAAGAACCAUAGGGGUUUUAUACAGGGCUAAUGUGCUAUAUGGACAAUUAUGAUUUAAAUAUCGCUUCAUUUUCUAUUACAAUGACUAGUGCGAUUCCCACUUGCAGUCAUGCCGUCACCACUCAAACUGACUCUUCUUCUGCAGAUUGGUCGAUCAAUAUUUCAAGGAAGUUUGUUUGGUGUUGAAUGUUGCCUGAUGUGAAAGGAUUUAUAAAAGGUAGCCAUGUUUCAGUAGUGUGAAGCCUUAAUCAUACUGUGCAGGGUCUUUGAGUUGUUGUAUUUAGGUUUUGAACACAUUUUAACCUCUGGAAAGACACAGGCAAGGACAUUUCUCUGGAGUUCAAAUCAAAACACUAAUAGAGAGAUGGAGUAUACCUUGCUGGGUUUGUUAUUAGUAACAUGAUCACUUAAUUAUGUAUUAAUCUGCAUAUUCAGUGGACUUUAUGUUAACCAGUCCUUUAGAGUUUACGUCAUACUAAAAUUUAAGAAACACUUCAGAUGUGGAAGUGUUUUUGAUGUGGAAUUCAAAUCGUUCCUUGUGAUUCUAUUAAGUCAGACAGGUGCAGAAAUACUAGCGCAAAAUUAUGAUAUGCUUACUAUGCAUAUGCAUGACAUCAUUUGUAGCCUGUUAUUAUUGUCAUCAUUGCAUCAUAAUCACACUUUAUUCAUUUCUGAUCACCAAAGGACACAUUCCAGUUAAUGUUUGCCCUGCAAGCAAGCACUGGGGGAGCUGCUCGCUUGGUUGUUUUUUUGAAAAGUCGUCUUGGUGGCGUAACGCGUCACAUUAUGUUGACCUAUCAUAAUUUAAAUGCUUUUCCAUGUCCAUGCUUAACAGGUGCACUUUAUCAAAGUUAUUUCUUUUUUUUUUUUACAUUUCUGAUCACAUUUCAAAGGAGAUUGGUUUGUUUGUGGGGGGAGGGCAGGGAAAGGGCCAAGUCCACAGUCUGUUAUUGGUAUUGUUAAACUGUACAGAUAAAUGUAUAAUAUUUUUGACCACUGCAACUGUUUUGUACUUAAUGCAGGUUGUGCUUUUUUGUCUAUGUGACAAACCUACAAUUUGGCCUCUGUUUUAUCUUUUCUGCACAUUGUAUGGUAUCUGUAUGCUCAGAUAUUUAGCCUGUCGCCGCCUCUAGUAUCCUUUUCAAGAAAGGGAGGACAACUUUACAUAAAGGACAAUUGAAAAAAAAAAUCUAUAAAA